AUGGCAUCCGCUUUUGCCUUCCUUGAGAGCCCUAAUCGCGGCGUUCCUGACCGAAGACAUUCAACUGAGCAUCUCAGAAUGACUUCGCCUUCGUUGUCGCGGAAUAGCAGCAAUGCCUCUUCGUCAUCUCGCACAUCUGAGCCGGGGUGGUUCAGCGCAAUAUACAAUAUGGAUCGAAGCCGCGCCAGCUCUGUUCCCGUACACUCCUCCACCAAGUCGUCCUCCAGAGGAUUCAGCAGGCUAUUUAGCAGGGGGGGGAAGAAGGAAAAGAAAGAUAUGGAUCAGAUUAUCCUCACCUCCCGACACGCAUCCUCUGUCAAGACCAAAUUGGCAUUGGACCCGAGAUACAAGAACGUCUACAGAGAAUCUGCCCCAGCUCAACAGCCCGGUGGUGCCCAGAACCUCAUGCAUGUUAGUGCUGGAGAACAGGAAAUAAGACGUCCGCACUCUGGACCACCUUCGCUGCAUGGAAUACACAACAAACCAGAAUUGCCUGCACUCACGCGUAUUAUCAGUGGGGAUGAGGCUGACGAACCGGAUGAGCGGGAGAAGAUGCGGUAUGAAUGGCGGCAGCGGAAAGUUCCCACAUUGGAGACCAAUAUCAUUGAAGGCGAAGUCCUAGACAAUCAAGUCUCGGGACAAUUGACGCCCGCGAAGAAGGAUAAGAAGAACAUUGGAACACCACCAUCGGAGCUCGACCAACAGGACGUCAGGAUCCUUUCGGUUGCUACUGUGAGCGAUGGUGAAUAUCAGCCACGGCCAGCGAGGGUCCAUAUCCCGAUCGGCGGGCGUUGGAAAAGGGAUGAAAACGGUGUUUGGAAGAGAUGA